GCGGGAACUGGGGCGACCGUGCUGACGGCGGUGAGUAGUGAAGUAACGAUGCAGGCUUUUCUAAAAGGCACAUCUGUCAGUACUAAACCGUCACUGAAGGAUCGAGGAGUUGCUGCCACAGCUGGAAGCAGUGGAGAGAACAAGAAAACCAAACCUGUUCCAUGGGUGGAAAAAUAUCGCCCAAAAUGUGUGGAUGAAGUUGCUUUCCAGGAAGAAGUAGUUGCAGUGCUGAAAAAGUCUUUAGAAGGUGCUGAUCUCCCUAAUCUCUUGUUUUAUGGGCCACCUGGAACUGGAAAAACAUCCACCAUUUUGGCAGCAGCUAGGGAGCUUUUUGGGCCUGAACUUUUUCGAUUAAGAGUUCUUGAGUUAAAUGCAUCCGAUGAACGUGGAAUACAAGUAGUUAGAGAAAAAGUGAAGAAUUUUGCUCAAUUAACUGUGUCAGGAAGUCGUUCAGAUGGGAAGCCAUGUCCUCCUUUUAAGAUUGUGAUUCUGGAUGAGGCAGAUUCUAUGACCUCAGCUGCUCAGGCAGCUUUACGACGUACCAUGGAGAAGGAGUCUAAAACCACACGAUUCUGUCUCAUCUGUAACUAUGUCAGUCGAAUAAUUGAACCUCUGACGUCUAGAUGUUCUAAAUUCCGAUUCAAACCACUGUCAGAUAAAAUUCAACAGCAGCGAUUACUAGACAUUGCUGAUAAAGAACAUGUCAGAAUUAGCAAUGAGGGAAUAGCUUGUCUUGUUAAAGUGUCAGAAGGAGAUUUAAGAAAAGCCAUUACAUUUCUUCAAAGUGCUACCCGAUUAACAGGUGGAAAGGAGAUCACAGAGAAGGUGAUAACAGACAUUGCUGGGGUAAUACCAGCUGGGACAAUUGAUGGAAUAUUUGCUGCGUGUCAGAGUGGCUCUUUUGAUAAACUAGAAGCUGUGGUAAAAGACUUAAUUGCUGAGGGCCAUGCAGCAACUCAGCUUGUAAAUCAGUUUCAUGAUGUGGUCGUAGAAAAUGAUAACCUUUCUGAUAAACAGAAAUCCAUUAUCACAGAAAAACUUGCUGAAGUAGAUAAAUGCUUAGCAGAUGGUGCUGAUGAACAUCUACAACUCAUCAGCCUCUGUGCGACGGUGAUGCAGCAGUUAACUCAGAAUUGCUGAAAGGAUCAUUUUUCUAAGAUACAGUUUUGUAAGCUACUCAAGUUUAAGUAUGAUCUGAUAAAAAUAAAAUGACCAAAGCACCUUUAAAGUGAAUAUACAAUUUAUUUAACAUUCAAACUUCAUUAAGACAUGUGCAAUAUGGCAAUUUUACUGGGGCUUUAACCCUACCUAGGAUAUGAUUGCUUGCUGGGGCUUAGCAACAGGGUCCAGUUCACACUUAGCACUAAUUAAAUACUUUAUUGAAUAAAUACAAUACCAAACAAAAUGCAUUCAAAUGCUCUCU